CGUCAAACGCCGUGUGCUCACCCACGUGUGGUGCAGCUUUCCCGGUGUCCGCGCUGGAGCGGAGGACGCCUUUCCUGGGGGCGUAGUUGGUGGCUGCUCGGGCGCUGGGACCUCGGCGGCUUGGGGACGCUGGCCGCGAAGUAGGGAGCGCAGGUGGCCGCUCCGGGUGAGGGCCGUGGGUCAUGGAGCACUUCUCGCUGGAGGUGGCAGCCGCGCCGCUGCGGUUAAUCGCAGCCAAGAACGAGAAGAGCCGCAGUGAGUUGGGCAGGUUCUUGGCCAAGCAGGUGUGGACAUCUCAAGAUCGCCAGUGUGUCCUGAGUACCUUAGCACAGUUGCUCUUGGAUAAGGACUGUACUGUGCUGGUUGGUCGCCAGCUUCGCCCUCUCCUUUUGGAUUUGCUGGAAAGGAAUGCCGAAGCCAUUAAAGCUGGAGGCCAAAUCAACCAUGAUCUGCAUGAACGGCUCUGUGUGUCGAUGAGCAAACUCAUCGGUAACCAUCCUGAUGUCCUCCCGUUUGCCCUGAGGUAUUUCAAGGACACGUCCCCAGUCUUUCAAAGACUAUUUCUGGAGAGUUCAGAUGCUAAUCCAGUCCGCUAUGGACGUAGGAGGAUGAAGCUCCGGGACCUAAUGGAAGCAGCCUACAAGUUUCUGCAGCAGGAGCAGUCUGUGUUCCGGGAGCUCUGGGACUGGAGUGUGUGUGUCCCUCUCCUCAGAAGCCAUGACACCUUGGUUCGCUGGUAUACAGCCAAUUGUCUUGCUUUGGUCACCUGUAUGAAUGAAGAGCACAAAUUAUCAUUUCUUAAGAAGAUAUUUAAUAGUGAUGAAUUGAUCCAUUUCAGGUUGAGGUUGUUAGAAGAGGCCCAGUUGCAGGAUUUGGAGAAGGCCUUGGUUUUGGCCAAUCCAGAAGCUUCCCUUUGGUGUAAGGAGAAGGAGCUGCAGUACUUACAGGGACACCUUGUUUCGUCUGACCUCUCCCCUAGGGUGACAGCUGUUUGUGGUGUGGUACUGCCUGGGCAGCCGCCAGCCCCUGGAGAGCUGGAUGGUAAUAGGAGUUCUUCACGUGAACAGGAGCUGGCACUUAGGUCUUAUGUGCUGGUUGAGUCUGUCUGCAAAAAUCUUCAGACCUUGGCUAUGGCGGUUGCUUCUCAGAAUGCUGUGUUGUUGGAAGGACCAAUAGGAUGCGGCAAAACUUCCUUAGUUGAAUAUUUAGCUGCAAUGACAGGUAGAACGAAGCCUCCUCAGCUUCUCAAAGUCCAGCUUGGAGAUCAGACUGACAGUAAGAUGCUUUUGGGGAUGUAUCGUUGCACAGAUGUUCCUGGAGAGUUUGUGUGGCAGCCUGGCACCCUGACACAGGCAGCCACAAUGGGCCACUGGAUCCUUCUGGAGGAUAUUGACUAUGCCCCCUUAGACGUGGUUUCUGUGCUGAUCCCUCUCUUGGAGAAUGGAGAUCUCUUGAUUCCUGGCCAAGGUGACUGUCUGAAAGUGGCACCUGGAUUUCAGUUUUUUGCAACCAGGAGACUCUUGAGCUGUGGNGGAAAUUGGUAUCGACCGCUAAACAGUCAUGCUACUUUGCUAGACAAAUAUUGGACCAAAAUUCACCUGGAUAACCUGGAUAAGCGAGAACUGAAUGAGGUUCUUCAGAGCAGAUAUCCCAGUCUAUUGGCAGUGGUUGAUCACCUGCUUGACAUUUAUAUCCAACUUACUGGAGAGAAACAUCACUCUUGGAGUGGUAGUUCUGUUGGAUGUGAACAGGCACCUGAAGAAGUUUCAGAAGCCAGAAGAGAAAACAAAAGACCAACCCUUGAGGGAAGAGAAUUAUCUUUAAGGGAUCUGCUGAAUUGGUGUAAUAGGAUUGCCCAUAGCUUUGACAGUUCAUCUUUAUCAGCAUCAUUAAAUAUUUUUCAAGAGGCUCUAGACUGUUUCACAGCAAUGCUUUCUGAGCAUACGAGCAAACUGAAAAUGGCGGAAGUUAUUGGAAGCAAAUUGAACAUUUCCAGAAAAAAGGCUGAAUUCUUUUGUCAACUUUAUAAACCAGAAAUUGUGAUCAAUGAGCUAGAUUUGCAAGUGGGUCGAGUGCGGCUUCUACGGAAACAAAGUGAGGCUGUUCACAUGCAGAGGGAGAAGUUCACUUUUGCUGCUACACGGCCGUCCUCUGUUCUCAUUGAGCAGCUUGCAGUGUGUGUCAGCAAAGGGGAGCCUGUGUUGCUGGUGGGAGAGACCGGAACUGGCAAAACUUCUACUGUCCAAUACUUGGCUCACAUUACAGGCCACCGUUUGAGAGUUGUCAAUAUGAAUCAGCAAAGUGAUACUGCAGACUUGCUUGGAGGUUAUAAACCGGUGGACCAUAAGCUUAUUUGGCUACCCUUGCGGGAGGCAUUUGAGGAACUCUUUGCUCAGACAUUUUCCAAGAAACAAAACUUUACGUUCUUGGGGCACAUUCAGACCUGUUACAGACAGAAACGGUGGCAUGAUCUCCUGAGACUAAUGCAGCAUGUACACAAGUCUGCUGUUAACAAGGAUGGAAAAGAGAGUGAAGCUGGGUUACUCAUAAAAGAGAAAUGGGAAGCAUUUGGUCUUAGACUCAACCAUGCCCAACAACAGAUGAAAAUGACUGAAAAUACCUUAUUGUUUGCAUUUGUAGAGGGUACAUUAGCUCAGGCUGUAAAGAAAGGAGAGUGGAUCUUGUUGGAUGAGAUUAACUUGGCUGCUCCAGAAAUACUAGAAUGUCUGAGUGGUUUGCUUGAAGGAUCCUCUGGAUCCCUGGUGUUGCUGGAUCGAGGAGACACAGAGCCACUGGUUCGGCAUCCUGACUUCCGUUUAUUUGCCUGCAUGAAUCCAGCAACUGAUGUAGGCAAAAGAAAUCUCCCACCAGGAAUAAGAAACAGGUUCACAGAACUUUAUGUAGAAGAAUUGGAAAGUAAAGAAGACUUACAGGUUCUUAUUGUAGAUUAUCUGAAAGGAUUGAGUGUGAACAAGAAUACAGUGCAAGGAAUCAUAAACUUCUACACAGCUUUGCGGAAAGAGUCGGGGACCAAAUUGGUGGAUGGCACUGGCCAUAGACCUCACUACAGCCUUCGAACUCUGUGCCGGGCCCUGCGAUUUGCAGCCUCCAAUCCAUGUGGCAACAUUCAGCGUUCACUCUAUGAGGGUUUUUGUUUGGGUUUCUUAACACAGCUUGACAGGGCAUCACACCCAAUAGUUCAGAAGCUCAUCUGUCAACACAUCGUCUCUGGCAAUGUCAAGAGUCUGCUGAAGCAGCCUAUUCCAGAGCCAAAAGGAGGUCGGCUUAUCCAGGUUGAAGGUUACUGGAUUGCGGUGGGAGACAAGGAGCCUACAAUAGAUGAGACAUACAUUCUCACAUCUUCUGUGAAGCUGAACCUGAGAGAUAUAGUCCGAGUUGUCUCUGCAGGAACCUAUCCAGUGCUGAUUCAGGGACAGACAUCAGUUGGUAAAACAAGCCUGAUCCAGUGGCUGGCUGCAGCUACUGGCAACCACUGUGUGCGUAUUAACAAUCAUGAACACACGGAUAUCCAGGAGUACAUUGGUUGUUACACAUCUGACUCCUCAGGGAAGCUUGUCUUUAAAGAAGGUGUUCUUAUUGAUGCUAUGAGAAAAGGCUAUUGGAUUAUUUUAGAUGAGUUAAAUUUGGCCCCUACUGAUGUGUUAGAGGCACUGAAUAGGCUGUUGGAUGACAACCGUGAAUUGCUCGUAACAGAAACACAGGAAGUUGUUAAAGCACACCCUCGGUUUAUGCUUUUUGCCACCCAAAAUCCCCCAGGACUUUAUGGAGGCAGAAAGGUCCUUUCUAGAGCCUUCAGGAAUCGGUUUGUGGAAUUGCACUUUGAUGAGUUACCUAGCUCUGAGUUGGAAACAAUCUUGCACAAGCGGUGUAGUUUGCCACCCUCUUACUGCAGCAAGUUGGUUAAAGUCAUGUUGGAUCUUCAGUCCUAUCGCAGAAGUUCUUCAGUGUUUGCUGGAAAGCAGGGCUUCAUCACCCUUCGUGAUCUGUUCAGAUGGGCUGAAAGAUACAGAUUGGCUGAGCCGACUGAGAAGGAGUACGACUGGCUACAGCAUUUAGCCAAUGAUGGUUACAUGCUUCUGGCAGGUCGAGUCAGGAAGCAGGAGGAAGUCGAUGUGAUUCAAGAAGUCCUUGAGAAACAUUUCAAGAAAAAAUUGUGUCCUCAAUCUCUUUUCUCCAAAGAAAAUGUUGUAAAAUUGCUGGGUAAAUUGUCUACUCAGAUAUCCACAUUGGAGUCUAACUUUGGCCACAUCGUGUGGACUGAGGGCAUGCGGAGACUCACGAUGCUGGUGGGAAGGGCAUUGGAAUUUGGUGAACCUGUGCUGCUGGUUGGAGACACUGGGUGUGGGAAAACUACUAUCUGUCAGGUAUUUGCAGCCUUGGCAAAUCAGAAAUUAUACUCUGUCAGCUGCCACUUACACAUGGAGACAUCCGACUUCCUGGGUGGCCUGCGGCCAGUGAGACAAAAGCCAAACGACAAGGAAGAAAUUGACACAUCAAGACUCUUUGAGUGGCAUGAUGGGCCUCUGGUUCAGGCCAUGAAGGAGGAUGGCUUUUUCCUCUUGGAUGAGAUCUCAUUGGCUGAUGACUCUGUCUUGGAAAGACUCAACAGUGUCCUUGAAGUAGAAAAGUCUCUGGUAUUAGCUGAAAAAGGCAGUCCAGAGGACAAGGAUAGUGAAGUAGAGCUGUUGACUGCUGGGAAAAAAUUUCGUAUUCUAGCAACCAUGAACCCUGGGGGUGACUUUGGAAAAAAGGAGCUGUCUCCUGCCUUAAGAAACCGGUUUACAGAAAUAUGGUGCCCUCAAAGCACAAGCCGUGAAGAUUUAAUUCAGAUAAUUAAUCAUAAUCUUCGUCCAGGAUUGUGUCUGGGCAGAAUAGAUCCUAAAGGGUCUGACAUACCUGAAGUGAUGCUGGAUUUCAUUGACUGGCUGACCCACCAAGAGUUUGGCAGAAAGUGCGUGGUCAGUAUCAGAGACAUCCUGUCCUGGGUUAACUUCAUGAACAAAAUGGGGGAGGAAGCUGCUUCGAAAAGGCCAGAGACCAUCUCCACUGUGACGUCUUUUGUCCAUGCUGCAUGCCUGGUGUACAUAGAUGGAAUAGGUUCAGGGGUAACUUCCUCUGGGUUUGGUACAGCCCUUUUGGCACGAAAAGAAUGUCUGAAAUUUCUAAUCAAGAGGCUUGCCAAGAUUGUACGACUUACAGAAUAUCAGAAAAAUGAAUUGAAGAUUUAUGACAGAAUGAAGGCCAAAGAAUUCACUGGAAUAGAUAACCUUUGGGGAAUUCAUCCAUUUUUUAUACCAAGGGGACCUGUCCUACACAGGAAUAAUAUUGCAGACUAUGCACUCAGUGCAGGGACCACUGCUAUGAAUGCACAGAGGCUCUUAAGAGCUACCAAACUGAAGAAACCCAUUCUCCUGGAGGGUUCCCCUGGUGUUGGCAAGACAAGUUUGGUGGGAGCAUUAGCGAAGGCUUCAGGAAAUACCCUUGUUAGAAUCAACUUGUCAGAGCAAACGGACAUCACAGACCUGUUUGGAGCAGAUCUCCCUGUUGAAGGUGGCAAGGGAGGAGAGUUUGCCUGGCGUGAUGGCCCCUUACUGGCAGCUUUGAAGGCAGGCCAUUGGGUGGUGUUGGAUGAGCUUAACCUGGCUUCUCAGUCUGUAUUGGAAGGACUCAAUGCUUGUUUUGACCACCGAGGAGAAAUCUAUGUACCUGAGUUAGGAAUGAGCUUUCAAGUGCAGCAUGAAAAGACGAAGAUUUUUGGGUGUCAGAAUCCCUUUAGACAAGGAGGUGGGAGAAAAGGCUUGCCCAGGUCUUUCCUUAACAGAUUCACUCAGGUCUUCGUUGAUCCUCUUACAGUAAUUGACAUGGAGUUCAUUGCCAGUACUUUGUUUCCAGCCAUUGAGAAAAAUAUUGUUAAGAAAAUGGUUGCUUUCAAUAACCAAAUUGAUCAUGAAGUGACUGUUGAGAAGAAGUGGGGGCAAAAAGGAGGACCCUGGGAAUUCAACCUCCGGGAUCUUUUCCGCUGGUGUCAGUUGAUGCUGGUUGACCAGUCCCCUGGGUGUUAUGAUCCUGGUCAGCAUGUGUUUUUGGUCUAUGGUGAAAGAAUGAGAACCGAAGAAGACAAAAAAAAGGUCAUUGCUGUAUUCAAGGAUGUGUUUGGUUCAAAUUCCAACCCAUACAUGGGAACCAGACUAUUUCGUAUCACUCCCUAUGAUGUUCAGUUGGGCUACUCGGUCCUUUCCCGUGGGAGCUGUGUUCCUCACCCGUCCCGCCAUCCCCUGUUGCUCCUGCACCAGUCAUUCCAGCCCCUGGAGUCAAUCAUGAAGUGUGUGCAAAUGAGCUGGAUGGUCAUCCUGGUCGGACCAGCCUCUGUGGGCAAGACCAGCCUGGUCCAGCUUCUGGCACACCUUACUGGCCACACAUUAAAGAUCAUGGCUAUGAACAGUGCAAUGGAUACUACUGAGCUGUUGGGUGGAUUUGAGCAGGUUGAUCUUAUACGACCUUGGAGGCAGCUGCUAGAGAAGGUGGAGGCUAUUGUAAGGGCACUGUUAAGGGAUAGCCUCCUUAUCAGUGCUGAUGAUGCAGAAGUAGUGCUGCGAGCCUGGAGUCAUUUCCUUCUGACAUACAAGCCUAAGUGUCUUGGAGAAGGUGGUAAAGCUAUCACGAUGGAGAUUGUCAACAAACUGGAAGCAGUGUUAUUGCUUAUGCAGCGACUCAACAAUAAAAUCAACUCAUACUCGAAGGCAGAGUUUGCCAAACUUGUUGAAGAGUUCCGAAGCUUUGGUGUGAAGCUUACACAGUCAGCCAGUGGCCGUAGCCAUGGCACAUUUGAAUGGGUUGACAGCAUGUUGGUUCAGGCCCUAAAGUCUGGAGACUGGCUUCUGAUGGACAAUGUUAACUUCUGCAACCCAUCAGUGUUGGAUCGUUUGAAUGCUUUGCUUGAACCUGGAGGUGUCCUCACUAUUAGUGAGAGAGGAAUGAUAGAUGGAUCCACUCCCACGAUAACACCAAAUCCCAAUUUCAGACUUUUCCUCUCGAUGGAUCCUGUUCAUGGAGAUAUAUCCCGAGCUAUGAGGAAUCGUGGACUCGAAAUCUACAUUUCAGGGGAAGGGGAUGUGAGCACCCCAGACAACCUGGAUUUGAAAGUUCUGCUGCACAGCCUUGGAUUGGUGGGGAACAGUGUAUGUGACAUCCUCUUGGCUCUACACACACAGACCCGGAGCACUGUUGUAGGUUCUCCAACAUCUUCUGUAUCAACUCUAAUCCGGACAGCCAUACUAAUUGUCCAGUACCUGCAGCGAGGGCUGAGUUUAGACAGAGCCUUUUCUGAAGCAUGCUGGGAAGUAUAUGUCUGUUCCCAGCAUUCACCAGCAAACCGGAAGCUUGUACAGGCUUUACUGGAGAAACAUGUUUCUUCUCUGCGAGCACAUGAAACCUGGGGAGACUCCAUUCUUGGCAUGGGACUGUGGCCAGAUUCUGUGCCCUCAGCUCUCUUUGCUACUGAAGAUUCUCACCUGUCCACAGUCCGAAGUGAUGGACAGAUCUUAGCAUAUUGUCUCAACAGGAUGAGCAUGAAAACCAGCAGCUGGACAAGGAGUCAGCCUCUUACCUUGCAAGACUUAGAGAAAAUUAUGCAGUCCUCCAGCCCUGAGAACCUGAAAUUCAAUGCAGUCGAAGUGAAUACUUACUGGAUCGAUGAACCAGAUGUUUUGGCCAUGGCUGUUAAAUUGCUCAUAGAAAGAGCAACCAACCAGGAUUGGAUGCUCAGAGUUAAAUGGCUUUAUCAUUUAGCCAAGAAUAUACCGCAGGGGCUUGAGUCCAUACAGAUUCAUUUGGAAGCCAGUGCUGCAUCUCUCAGGAAUUUUUACUCACAUUCCCUCUCAGGUGCAGUCAGUAAUGUUUUCAAAAUAUUACAACCAAAUACGACAGAUGAAUUUGUGAUCCCUCUGGACCCCCGAUGGAAUAUGCAGGCUCUGGACAUGAUUAGAAAUUUGAUGGACUUUGACCCACAAACGGACCAGCCUGACCAGCUCUUUGCCCUUUUAGAAUCAGCUGCAAACAAGACAAUCAUAUAUCUUGAUCGGGAAAAACGGGUUUUUACUGAAGCAAAUUUGGUUUCUGUUGGUAGCAGAAAGCUAAGAGAUAGUGUUUUGAGAAUGUCCUUUGAAUUCCAUCAAGAUCCAGAGAGCUAUCACACUCUGCCCCAUGAAAUUGUGGUCAAUCUUGCUGCUUUUUUUGAACUUUGUGAUGCACUAGUCCUGCUCUGGGUACAGUCUUCCCAGGGAAUGGUGUCUGAUGCCAUUGUAUAUGAGAUCUUAGGUUCUCUGCGGUGGCGGGACCGGUUUUGGACUGUAGCCGACACAGUAAAAGUAGAUGCCCCAGGUCUGGCCCUUCUUGCACUCCAUUGGCACUGGGUUUUAAAACAUCUGGUCCACCAGAUCCCCCAACUUCUGAUGAAUUAUGAAGACAAAUACUACAAAGAAGUUCAGACUGUCUCAGAACAUAUUCAGAAUUGUCUGGGGAGCCAGACUGGUGGCUUCGCUGGUGUAAAGAAGUUGCAGAAGUUCCUGGGACGACCGUUUCCUUUUAAGGACAAGCUGGUGGUGGAGUGUUUUUCACAACUGAAGGUCCUUAACAAAGUCCUUGCCAUCAGGGAGCAAAUGCCUGCCCUUGGGGAGAAUGGAUGGCAGGAAGACCUUAAUCGUCUCCAAGUGGUUGCUUCUCAAUGGACAUUAAAGAAAAGUCUCCUGCAAGCCUGGGGAUUGAUCCUCAGAGCUAAUAUUUUGGAAGAUGUCAACCUAGAUGAGUUGAAGAAUUUUGUGCAUGCUCACUGUUUAGAACUGAAAGCCAAAGGACUCUCACUUGGUUUUCUGGAGAAAAAGCAUGGUGAAGCUUCCUCCCUGUCCCAUCCAGACUUGACCUCUGUAAUCCACCUCACCAGGAGUGUUCAAUUGUGGCCUGCAAUGGAGUACCUGGCUAUGCUUUGGCAGUACAAAGUGACAGCUGAUUUUAUGGCACAAGCUUGUCUCAGAAGAUGCAGCAAAAAUCAACAACCCCAGAUAAAUGAGGAGAUAAGUCAUCUCAUCUCAUUUUGUCUUUAUCACACACCAGUUGCACCUCAAGAGCUUCGAGAUCUGUGGUCCUUGCUGCAUCAUCAGAAGGUGUCUCCUGAAGAAAUUACAUCUUUGUGGUCCGAGUUAUUUAAUUCCAUGUUUACGUCUUUCUGGAACAGUACUGUGACCACAAAUCCAGAGUACUGGCUAAUGUGGAACCCUUUGCCUGGUAUGCAGCAGAGGGAGGCACCCAAGUCUGCUUUGGAUUCCACAUUGAAGGGCCCUGGCAAUCUCAAUAGACCCAUAUUCUCUAAGUGCUGCUUUGAAGUCUUAACCAGCAGCUGGAGAGCAAGUCCCUGGGAUGUGAGUGGCCUCCCCAUCCUGUCCUCCUCUCACGUGACCCUAGGAGAGUGGGUUGAGAGAACCCAGCAGCUCCAGGACAUCAGUUCGAUGCUUUGGACUAACAUGGCUAUCUCUUCAGUAGCAGAAUUCAGACGCACGGAUUCCCAACUCCAGGGGCAGGUGCUGUUCCGGCACCUGGCAGGCCUAGUAGAGCUGCUACCAGAGUCCCGGCAGCAGGAGUACAUGCAGAACUGUGAGCAGCUGCUGCUUGGGAGCAGCCAGGCCUUCCAGCAUGUGGGCCAGACACUUGGGGACCUGGCUGGUCAGGAGGCGCUGCCCAAGGAACUAAUCUGCCAAUUGCUCACCUCCCUGCACCACCUUUUUGGUGAAGGGGAGAGUAAGAGGAGCCUGCCUGAGCCAGCCCAGCGUGGGAGCCUCUGGGUGAGCCUUGGCUUGCUCCAAAUUCAGACAUGGCUUCCCCAGGCACGCUUUGACCCUGCGGUGAAGAGGGAGUACAAGCUCAAUUAUGCCAAGGAAGAGUUACACCAACUGCAGUGUGAAUGGAAGACCCGGAACCUGUCAUCCCAGCUGCAGACUGGAAGAGACCUGGAAGAUGAAGUCGUUGUCAGCUACUCUCAUCCUCACGUCAGGCUGCUGCGCCAAAGGAUGGAUCGGCUGGAUAAUUUAACCUGUCACCUGUUGAAGAAACAGGCCUUCAGACCCCAGCUGCCUGCUUACGAGUCCCUGGUGCAGGAGAUCCACCAGUACGUCACUAGUAUCGCCAAGGCCCCUGCCGUUCAGGAUCUGCUCACACGGCUCCUGCAGGCCCUCCACAUGGAUGGGCCACGGUCUGCCCAAGUAGCCCACAGCCUUCUAAAGGAGGAGGCCUCUUGGCAGCAGUCACACCACCAGUUCCGGAAGCGGCUGGCAGAGGAGUAUACCUUCUAUCCAGAUGCCGUGAGCCCACUGCAGGCAUCCAUAUUGCAGUUACAACAUGGCAUGAGGCUGGUGGCCUAUGAGCUCCACACCUCACUCUACAGCAGUAUGGUUGGUGCAGACAGGCUGGGGACCCUGGCCACAGCCUUGCUGGCUUUCCCAUCGGUGGGCCCCACCUUCCCCACUUACUAUGCUCAUGCAGACACUUUGUGCUCUGUGAAAUCUGAGGAGGUUCUACGAGGCCUUGGGAAGCUAAUCAUCAAGUGCUCAGGAGGAAAGGAGCUGGAAGGCAAGGGCCAGAAAGCCUGUCCCACUCGGGAGCAGCUGCUGAUGAAUGCUCUCCUUUACCUGCGCUCCCAUGUGUUAUGCAAGGGAGAGUUGGACCAGAGGGCCCUGCAGCUCUUCAGACAUGUGUGUCAGGAAAUCAUCAAUGAGUGGGAUGAGCAGGAACGCAUAGCCCAAGAGAAGGCUGAGCAGGAAAGCAGCCUAUAUAGAUACAGGAGCAGGAAUUCUAGGACAACCCUGAGCGAAGAGGAGGAGGAAGAACAGGAGUUCAGAAAACAGUUCCCCCUGCAUGAAAAGGACUUUGCAGAUAUUUUGGUACAGCCAACGUUAGAGGAGAACAAAGGAACUUCAGAUGGGCAAGAAGAGGAAGCAGCCACAAAUCCAGCUCUCCUCUCCCAGAAUUCAAUGCAGGCGGUAAUGCUGAUACACCAGCAGUUAUGUCUCAACUUUGCUCGAUCCCUCUGGUAUCAACAGACUCUGCCGCCACAUGAAGCAAAGCAUUACCUCAGCCUGUUUCUGUCUUGCUAUCAGACUGGGGCAUCACUUGUGACACACUUCUACCCCCUGAUGGGAGUUGAACUGAAUGACCGACUCUUGGGAAGCCAACUUUUGGCCUGCACCCUCUCCCAUAACACACUCUUUGGGGAGGUACCUUCAGACCUGAUGGUGAAACCUGAUGGGCCCUAUGACUUCUACCAGCAUCCCAAUGUUCCAGAAGCCCGGCAGUGUCAACCUGUGCUUCAAGGUUUCUCAGAGGCUGUCAGUCACUUGCUGCGGGACUGGCCAGAACACCCAGCGCUUGAACAGCUCCUGGUUGUAGUGGACAGAAUUCGUAGUUUCCCACUUUCCAGUCCCAUCUCAAAGUUCCUGAAUGGCUUAGAGAUCCUUCUGGCAAAGGCACAGGAUUGGGAGGAAAAUGCAAGUCGAACUUUGUCUUUGCGGAAACAUCUUGAUUUGAUCAGUCAGAUGAUCAUUCGGUGGCGUAAACUGGAGCUGAACUGCUGGUCCAUGAGUUUAGAUAAUACUAUGAAGCGCCACACUGAGAAAUCGACCAAGCACUGGUUCUCCAUCUAUCAAAUGCUUGAGAAGCACAUGCAGGAACAAACAGAAGAACAGGAAGAUGAUAAACAGAUGACCUUGAUGUUGUUGGUCAGCACGUUACAAGCAUUUAUUGAAGGAUCCUCGCUGGGAGAGUUCCAUGUGCGACUUCAGAUGUUACUGGUUUUCCAUUGUCACGUCUUGCUGAUGCCACAGGUUGAAGGAAAGGAUUCACUUUGCAGUGUUCUAUGGAAUUUGUACCAUUAUUACAAGCAAUUCUUUGACCGGGUCCAGGCCAAAAUUGUGGAACUUCGUUCCCCCCUAGAAAAAGAACUUAAAGAAUUUGUUAAGAUUUCCAGGUGGAAUGAUGUCAGCUUCUGGUCCAUUAAACAAUCUGUAGAAAAGACACACAGGACCCUCUUUAAAUUCAUGAAGAAAUUUGAAGCAGUCCUGAGUGAACCCUGCCGGUCAUCCCUGGUGGAGAGCGACAAGGAAGAACAGCCUGACUUUUUGCCCAGGCCAACAGAUGGAGCUGCAGUUGAAGCGUCCUCCAUUCAGAAUCUGAACAGGGCACUGAGGGAGACCCUGUUAGCUCGACCAGCAACUGGGCAGGCCACAAUUCCAGAGUGCUGUCAGGGCGCUGCUCCUUCCGGCUUCGAAGGGGAGCUUCUACGUCGCUUGCCAAAGCUCAGGAAACGCAUGAGGAAGAUGUGUCUGACGUUCAUGAAGGAGAGCCCCCUGCCUCACCUUGUGGAGGGCCUCGAUCAGUUCACAGGUGAAGUGAUUUCCUCUGUGAGUGAGCUGCAGAGCUUAAAGGUGGAACCCUCUGCAGAGAAGGAGAAGCAGCGGUCAGAAGCCAAGCACAUUCUCAUGCAAAAACAACGAGCUUUGUCAGACCUCUUUAAACACCUUGCAAAAAUUGGUUUGUCAUAUCGCAAAGGUCUUGCAUGGGCCCGUUCAAAAAAUCCUCAAGAGAUGCUUCAUCUUCACCCGUUAGAUCUCCGGAGCGCAUUGUCCAUCGUCAGCAGCACUCAGGAGGCUGAUUCUAGGCUGCUUACAGAAAUCUCGUCUUCAUGGGAUGGAUGCCAGAAGUAUUUUUAUCGCUCUCUUGCACGGCAUGCCAGGCUUAACGCAGCACUAGCAACUCCUGCCAAGGAAAUGGGCAUGGGCAACGUGGAGCGGUGCAGAGGGUUCUCAGCACAUUUGAUGAAGAUGCUUGUCCAACAGCGGCGCUCCCUGACCACGCUCAGUGAGCAGUGGAUCAUCCUCAGGAACCUCCUCAGCUGUGUGCAAGAGAUUCACAGCAGGCUGAUGGGGCCCCUGGCCUACCCCGUGGCCUUCCCUCCUCAGGAUGGCGUGCAGCAGUGGACCGAGCGCCUGCAGCACCUGGCCAUGCAGUGCCAGAUCCUGCUCGAGCAGCUCUCCUGGCUCCUCCAGUGCUGUCCCAGUGUAGGGCCAGCUCCAGGCCAUGGCAAUGCCCAGGCACUGGGGCAGCCUCCUGCCCCCUGCCUGGAAGGACCAGAACUUAGCAAGGGACAACUUUGUGGAGUAUUACCAGACCUAAUUCCCUCCAAUCUGAGCUACCCAUCUCCAGUACCUGGAAGUCAGCUGCCCUCUGGUUGCCGGAUGCGGAAACAGGAUCAGCUUUGGCAACAGUCAACUACGAGAGUAACAGAGAUGCUAAAAACCAUUAAAACAGUGAAAGCUGAUGUCGACAAAAUUAGGCAGCAGUCUUGUGAGACUCUCUUUCAUUCUUGGAAAGAUUUUGAAGUUUGCUCUUCUGCACUGAGUUGCUUGUCCCAGGUGUCAGUUCAUUUGCAGGGCCUAGAGUCCUUGUUCAUUCUUCCAGGGAUGGAGGUUGAGCAAAGAGACUCACAAAUGGCACUAGUUGAAAGUCUGGAAUAUGUAAGAGGAGAAAUUAGUAAAGCCAUGGCUGACUUUACUACCUGGAAGACACAUCUGCUUACUUCAGGUAGCCAAGGAGGAAAUCAAAUGUUGGACGAAGGAUUUGUGGAAGAUUUUUCAGAGAAAAUGGAAAUUGCUAUCCGAGCCAUCCUCUGUGCCAUCCAGAACUUAGAAGAAAGCAAGAAUGAAAAAGCAGAGAACACAGAGGAGAACACUGACCAAGCGAGCCCACAAGAAGAGUACGCAGGCUUUGAGAGACUGCAAUCAGGACAUCUAACAAAACUCUUAGAGGAUGACUUCUGGGCCGAUGUGAGCACUUUGCAUGUGCAGAAAAUAAUUUCUGCCAUCUCCGAGCUGUUGGAGAGGCUGAAAUCGUAUGGUGAGGAUGGCACAGCAGCAAAGCACCUGUUCUUCAGCCAAUCCUGUUCCUUGCUGGUGCGCCUGGUGCCGGUCCUCUCCAGCUACUCAGACCUCGUCCUCUUCUUCCUGACCAUGUCUUUGGCAACUCACCGUAGUACUGCAAAGCUGCUCUCUGUGCUUGCCCAGGUCUUUACGGAGCUUGCCCAGAAGGGAUUUUGCUUGCCCAAAGAAUUUAUGGAAGAUUCAGCUGGAGAGGGAGCAACUGAGUUCCAUGACUAUGAGGGAGGUGGAAUUGGAGAAGGCGAGGGCAUGAAGGAUGUGAGUGACCAGAUAGAAAAUGAAGAACAGGUGGAAGAUACAUUUCAGAAGGGUCAAGAAAAAGACAAAGAGGAUCCUGAUUCAAAAUCUGAUAUUAAGGGCGAGGAUAAUGCCAUUGAGAUGUCAGAAGACUUUGACGGGAAAAUGCAUGAUGGGGAGCUUGAAGAACAAGAAGAGGAUGAUGAGAAAUCAGAUAGUGAGGGCGGAGACCUGGAUAAACAGAUGGGCGAUCUCAAUGGUGAGGAAGCUGACAAACUAGAUGAGAGGCUUUGGGGUGAUGACGAUGAGGAAGAUGAGGAGGAAGAAGACAAUAAAACUGAAGAAACAGGACCAGGAAUGGAUGAGGAAGAUUCUGAACUUGUUGCUAAAGAUGACAACUUGGAUAGUGGCAAUUCAAACAAAGAUAAAAGCCAGAAAGAUAAGAAGGAAGAAAAGGAAGAAUCAGAAGCUGAUGAUGGUGGAGAAGGUGAAGACAAAAUUAAUGAACAAAUAGAUGAGAGGGAAUAUGAUGAAAAUGAGGUGGACCCUUACCAUGGCAAUCAGGAAAAGCUGCCAGAACCCGAGGCCUUGGACCUUCCGGAUGACUUGAACCUCGACAGUGAAGACCAGAAUGGUGGUGAGGACACCGACAAUGAAGAAGGAGAAGAAGAGAAUCCUUUGGAGAUAAAAGAAAAACCAGAAGAAGCAGGUCAUGAAGCUGAGGAAAGAGAGACUGAGACUGACCAGAACGAAAGUCAGAGUCCACAGGAGCCCGAGGAAGGCCCCAGUGAAGAUGACAAGGUCAAAGGGGAGGAGGAAAUGGACACAGGAGCUGAUGAUCAAGAUGGGGAUGCUGCUCAGCAUCCUGAGGAACACUCCGAGGAGCAGCAGCAGUCUCUGGAGGAAAAAGACAAGGAUGCCGAUGAAGAAGGUGGAGAGAAUGGCCCUGCUGACCAAGGUUUCCAGCCCCAGAAGCAGGAAGAAGAACGGGAGGACUCUGAUACAGAGGAGCAGGUGCCAGAGGUUUUGGAGAGGAAGGAGCAUGCCUCCUGUGGGCAGACUGGUGUGGAGAACAUGCAAAGCACACAGGCCGUGGAGCUGGCUGGGGCCGCACCAGAGAAGGAGCAGGGGAAAGAGGAACACGGAAGUGGAGCCGCAGAUGCAAACCAGGCAGAAGGCCAUGAAUCAAAUUUCAUUGCCCAGUUGACUUCCCAGAAGCACACCAGGAAAAACACACAGAGUUUUAAGAGGAAACCUGGGCAGGCUGACAAUGAACGUUCCAUGGGUGAUCACAAUGAGCGUGUGCACAAGAGGCUGAGGACUGUGGAUACGGACAGCCACGCCGAGCAGGGGCCAGCUCAGCAGCCCCAGGCCCAGGUGGAGGAUGCAGAUGCAUUUGAGCACAUUAAACAAGGCAGCGACGCAUACAAUGCACAGACCUAUGAUGUGGCCAGCAAAGAACAGCAACAGUCUGCAAAAGACUCUGGCAGGGAUCAGGAAGAGGAGGAGAUAGAGGACACCCUCAUGGACACAGAGGAGCAGGAGGAGCUCAAAGCAGCAGACGUGGAGCAGCUGAAGCCAGAGGAAAUCAAGUCGAGCACCACAGCACCCUUGGGCUUUGAUGAGAUGGAAGUGGAGAUUCAAACUGUUAAAACAGAGGAAGACCAAGACCCCAGAACAGACAGAGCCCAUAAGGAGACAGAAAAUGAGAAACCAGAAAGAAGCCGAGAGUCUACCAUUCAUACAGCUCAUCAAUUCCUCAUGGACACGAUCUUCCAGCCCUUUUUAAAAGAUGUCAGUGAGCUAAGACAGGAGCUGGAGAGACAGCUGGAAAUGUGGCAGCCACAUGAAUCUGAAAAUCCAGAAGAAGAGAAGGUUGCCGCUGAGAUGUGGCAGAGUUACCUGAUCCUAACAGCACCUCUUUCACAACGGUUAUGUGAAGAGCUUCGUCUCAUAUUAGAGCCUACCCAGGCAGCCAAGCUGAAAGGAGACUAUCGAACUGGGAAACGACUGAACAUACGGAAAGUCAUUCCAUAUAUUGCUAGUCAAUUUCGGAAAGACAAGAUUUGGCUUCGAAGGACCAAGCCCAGUAAACGCCAGUAUCAGAUUUGUUUGGCUAUCGAUGACUCUUCUAGUAUGGUAGACAACCAUACCAAGCAGCUUGCAUUUGAAUCUUUGGCUGUGAUUGGAAAUGCUCUAACCCUCCUGGAAGUGGGUCAGAUUGCAGUGUGUAGUUUUGGAGAAUCUGUAAAGCUGUUACACCCAUUUCAUGAGCAGUUCAGUGAUUACUCUGGGUCCCAGAUUCUACGUCUCUGCAAAUUCCAACAAAAGAAAACCAAGAUUGCUCAGUUUCUAGAGUCUGUUGCCAGCAUGUUUGCAGCCGCUCAGCAGCUCUCACAGAACAUCAGUCCAGAAAUUGCACAACUCCUCCUGGUAGUCUCUGAUGGGCGAGGCCUCUUCCUUGAGGGCAAAGAAAGAGUCCUGGCAGCGGUUCAGGCUGCCCGGAAUGCGAACAUCUUUGUCAUCUUUGUUGUAUUGGACAAUCCCAGUUCACGGGAUUCUAUCUUGGACAUUAAAGUACCGAUAUUUAAAGGACCUGGAGAGAUGCCUGAAAUCCGAUCCUACAUGGAAGAGUUCCCAUUCCCAUACUAUAUCAUUCUUCGAGAUGUAAACGCACUUCCUGAGACACUCAGCGAUGCCCUCAGACAGUGGUUUGAGUUGGUGACAGCCUCUGACCACCCAUAGAACAGAAAGAGGAGUCCAAAGUGAGACUUAACCAUGCUCAGAAGGUCACAUUGCUUACCCAGGUGCUCCCUUUUGGACAACUACAAAAAAAUUUUAUUGUAAUAUUUUUAUUUUAUAUAACGUGAUCUUACAGCCUAGAGAACACACUCUGACUCCUGGCUUUGUCUGGGCUAAGGUUUUUAUACCAAACCUGGAAGCAGCAGCAGGUGCCUGAACUCGUAACUAGAGAAGAGUUAUCCUUCUUCCCUCCCUCAGAAGCCCUGACCUGGAUGGAGGUCAUACCCCACUGUUGGAGCCCAGCUGCCUGUUUUCUUUUGCAGGGGAUCUGGGCACCUGUGCCUUGAGGAGAUGCUGCCAGGAGCAUGGGACUCUGACAGUCCUUUGUAUAAAGGACUAAAGGGAGCUGCCCUUUUGAACCUGCUCUAAGCUCUGCCUUGCCAAGCCCACAGUGUGUACCCAAAAGCUGUCAAGUGGCCGAGACAGCUGUAGUUUCUGGAGAGUAUGACGUUGUGUUUUCUUACUGUGAAAGGAAUUACCUUCUCUUAGAGGGUAGGAAGAAUGUGGUGUGUGUGUGUUCUCAUAAAGCAACCGGACAUUAUAGGAGCCCAAGUCAUCCAUAAAAACAAUCCUUGGGCUGUGUAAAAACGAAGUGGCUUUUCAGUAUCCUCUUUCACACUUGCUGCUUCGGGAGACUAUGCAAUGAUGGGAAGGUGACUGCCCCUUUAUUUCAUUCAAUGCCAUGGUCCCUGUUGUUGUAGUAAUUUAUUUGUUUAGUUCAUUUUUUUUUUUUUCUUAAUGAUUAAGGGGAAGAGUCAUUCCUCACACUGCUUUCAAGCUGGACUGAGCCAGUCUCAUUCUGGGAAAGAAAUGCCGUGUCCAGAACUCAGCAGCUCCAGUCAAAAGAAACUGAUUUUUAGACAGUUUUUUCUUGACCAGAAAGCAGUGCUUGAAUACUUGAAACUGUGUGCUCUGUUCUACUUAAUGUUCUGUCAGAAUGUUCUUUUGUAGGCAAUAUGUCAUGAUGUAAUCAUCUAUCUCCUUGUCUGUUUCCAAGUUACACUGUGAAGUCUGCCACCCUUUUGAGGUGGUCAUCAAAGACACAGAUUCCCUGUUGUUUAACCAAGUGUCCCAAAGCAUGGACCUGAAGUUAUAUCAUUUUUUAUUCUAAAAAGCUAUGCAGCUUAUAUUCUGAAAACUAUUAAAACAUAUACCACUGUUUAUGUAA